UCUUUAAUUAAUACGGAUCAUGUACUUACUACAAUAUAAGUAUUAUACAUGUAGUUUAUUCAAUACUGGAAUUUUAAUAAUUCCAAAUUAAAUAGUUAAUAAUUCCAAAGGAGGAAUUAUCUGCUGCUAAAUUAAUUCAAAAUUCCGAAAUAUAUUUCCGUCGUUGUCGACUUAAUAUGUACCUAUAGAAUCUUAAAUUUAUAAAAUCAAUUGACAUCAAGGAUAAAUGGUCACAAAAAAAUCACAAAAGUCACGGUGCAUUACAGAUUACUCCAAACACAAUCCUUUAUCAACAGAAGCGUUUUCGAGGCAAAAUUAAUAUACAAAAACCUAGAGCGCCGCAUUAUCUGAGGGCAAUGGUAAACGAAUUUCUAACGCCUUUUUAUCCGUUUCCAAAUAAAGGCAAGAAAUUAGAGGAAUUAUGCAAAAAAGCAGAGAAGAGUGCGGAGAAAAAGAAAGAAAAAUGUAAUCCUUACCAAAGAAUACUAGCACGUGAGGUCCGCAAUUGGUUUGACAAUUCCAAAAUGAUUGCCAUUUGCCAUCAGAAUUCUAUGACAGCAGAGGACGAGUUUGAACUCAAAGUUCCAUUAAAGAGGGCAAAUAUGUACUAUAAACGAUAUAGCAGAGAUAUUGUGAAAUUAGCAUUGAAGGGUUCACCUUAUUCUGCAACAAUGCCAUUAUACUCGUCUAAAUUUUCCAUUGUAUUUGGUUCUGAUGUAAACGUCGUUGCCUUUGAAAAAAUUGUUAAAAAGUUUCCACAAGUUAUUUUAUUAGCGGGUAUACUAGAAGGACGUGUAUUGAAUAAGGAGGACUUUUUGAGAUACGGCAAAAUGGAUCUUACAUCAUCGCGAGUUCAUCUUGUUCAAUUGCUACAGAACGCAGGCGGUAACAACUUAAAUCAGCAGCUCACGCAUCAUCAGUCCACGUUAGUCGCUCGAUUAAAACAGAUCGGUACAGAUGAAACAACUUCCGGCGAGAACGGAGAAUCGGUGCCUGUAUAAAUUACAAAAAUUGCUUGUAUCGAUAAUUUAUUAUACAUCUUAGAUUUAUCGAAAGCUUUAAGUAAAGUAUGAUUUAUUUCCCUACACUCUUUGUAUUUGAGAUAAAAAUAAGAAGUAUUGAUACAAAGUUA